AUGAUGGGGGAGAAGGCAGGGACCAGGGUCUUCAAGAAGUCAAGUCCUAACUGCAAGCUAACAGUAUACUUGGGCAAGAGGGACUUUGUGGAUCACCUGGAUCAAGUGGAUCCUGUGGAUGGAGUGGUGCUAGUGGACCCAGACUAUCUGAAGGACAGAAAAGUAUAUGUGACAUUGACUUGUGCCUUCCGAUAUGGUCGUGAAGACCUGGAUGUUUUGGGCCUGUCAUUCCAAAAGGACCUAUUUGUAGCCACAUACCAAGCUUUUCCCCCCAUCCCUGACCCUCCCUGACCCACUACACGCCUUCAGGAAAGACUGCUGAGGAAGCUGGGCCAGCACGCUCACCCCUUCUCCUUCACAAUUCCACAGAACCUGCCCUGUUCUGUUACACUGCAACCUGGAUCUGAGGACACAGGGAAGGCCUGUGGGGUAGACUUUGAGAUUCGAGCCUUCUGUGCCAAAGCAUUGGAAGAGAAAAUGCACAAGAGGAAUUCAGUGCGGCUGGUAAUUAGGAAGGUACAGUUUGUCCCAGAGAUACCAGGUCCCCAACCUAGUGCUGAAACUGCCCGACACUUCCUCAUGUCUGACCAAUCCUUGCACCUUGAGGCCUCAUUGGACAAAGAGCUAUAUUACCAUGGGGAGCCACUUAAUGUUAAUGUCCAUGUCACCAACAACUCCACCAAGACCAUCAAGAAGAUCAAAGUCUCUGUGAGACAAUAUGCUGAUAUCUGCCUCUUCAGUACUGCCCAAUAUAAAUGUCCAGUGGCUCAGAUAGAACAAGAUGACCAGGUGUCUCCCAGUUCCACAUUCUGUAAAGUGUAUAAUCUAACCCCACUGCUCAGUGAAAAUAGGGAGAAACGAGGACUUGCCUUGGAUGGGAAGCUCAAACAUGAAGAUACCAAUCUGGCCUCCAGUACUAUAGUGAAGGAAGGCGCCAACAAAGAGGUACUGGGCAUCCUUGUGUCCUAUCGGGUCAAAGUGAAGUUGGUUGUAUCUCGGGGAGGGGAUGUUUCCAUGGAGCUCCCUUUUGUCCUAAUGCACCCCAAGCCUCAUGACCACGCCACCCACUCCAAACCUGUCAGUGCUCCUAAGAUAAAUGAUCCAGUAGAUACCAAUCUCAUCGAAUUUGAGACCAACUAUGGCACAGAUGAUGACAUUGUGUUUGAGGACUUCGCCAGGCUUCGACUCAAAGGAAUGAAGGAUGAAGACUAUGACGACCAAUUCUGCUAGGGAGGGAGAGUGGAAAAGGAGAGAAGAGAUGCUGGGGGAGAUAAGAGCAGGACCAAGCUCCCUAUUCUAAUUGGGGUUCCAUAUGUCCCUUCCAGGCUUAAAAGCACUAUACACAAUUUUUGAUUGAAGCUGGGCAUUAAUUUUAAGCUGAAAUUGCCCCCCCCCAUAGCAGCAGACUGUUUAUACCUGAAUUAUUUGGGGUUUGGGGUUUUUUUUGAGGGAUGGUGAGUUGUUGGGAAGAGAGAGAACCCUCACCCCACACACAUAUACCUGUCACUGCCUCUACAGAACCCCCCUGGGAGGUAGGGGAGUUGCUAUGGAUCUAAGCAAAAAGAAUAAUUUUUUUAAGCUGAAA